CGGCGUGCCCCGCGCCCGGCGCGCGCCGCUGACCCGCCCGGUGACGGCGGCGCGGGGGAACAUGGCGGCCGCGGGGGAGCGGCGGUGAAGGGACGGAGACCGGCUGGACUCGGCGUCGCUGAAGGAGCUGCAGGACGGAGGGGAGGGGACGGAGUCCGGCCAAAGAGAGGGAGAAGGCAGGGAAACUGCUGCCGUUUUGUCUUCAAGAGGGCCUUGAGCUGGCCAUGCAUGACUGGUGAAAACGUAACUCAUCCUGAAACGCAAUGUCCCUGUUGUUCACUCGUUCCAACUCAAUAGUUGCAGUGAAGAAGGAUAAAAGACACAUGGCUGAGGUAAAUGCUUCUCCACUUAAACAUUUUGUCACUGCAAAGAAGAAAAUCAAUGGUAUCUUUGAACAGUUGGCUGCUUACAUCAACGAGAGCUCCUCGUUCCUGGAAGAAACACACAAGAAUGGAGAACUUGAUCCUGUCACCACAGAAGAGCAGGUACUGGAAGUCAAAGGCUACCUGUCAAAAGUCAGUGGUAUUAGUGAAGUGUUGGCAAGACGACAUAUGAAAGUUGCUUUUUUUGGGAGGACAAGCAAUGGGAAGAGCACUGUGAUAAAUGCCAUGCUGUGGGACAAAGUCCUUCCUUCAGGAAUUGGGCACACCACCAAUUGCUUCCUGCGUGUAGAAGGGACAGAUGGACAUGAUGCUUUCCUGCUGACUGAAGGCUCAGAGGAAAAGAAGAGUGUUAAGACAGUAAACCAGCUGGCUCAUGCCCUUCAUCAGGAUGAACAUCUGAAUGCUGGCAGCCUGGUCAGUGUAAUGUGGCCCAAUUCCAAAUGUUCUCUCUUAAAGGACGACCUGGUGCUGAUGGACAGCCCUGGCAUUGAUGUAACCACAGAGCUGGACAGCUGGAUUGACAAAUUCUGUCUCGAUGCUGACGUGUUUGUCCUGGUGGCAAAUUCUGAAUCAACGUUGAUGCAAACUGAGAAGCAGUUCUUUCACAAGGUGAAUGAACGCCUGUCUCGGCCCAAUAUAUUUAUUUUAAAUAACCGCUGGGAUGCAUCUGCCUCUGAACCAGAAUACAUGGAAGAGGUGCGCCGGCAGCACAUGGAGCGCUGUACCAGCUUCCUGGUGGAUGAGCUGGGAGUGGUGGAUCGAGCCCAGGCAGGGGAUCGCAUUUUCUUUGUGUCUGCAAAGGAAGUGCUGAAUGCCAGGAUUCAGAAGGCUCAAGGGAUGCCAGAGGGAGGUGGAGCAUUGGCAGAUGGAUUUCAAGUAAGAAUGCUUGAGUUUCAGAACUUCGAGAGAAGGUUCGAGGAAUGUAUCUCCCAGUCAGCAGUAAAAACAAAAUUUGAGCAGCACACGGUGAGAGCGAAGCAGAUUGCAGAGGAUGUUCGGCUCAUCAUGGACUCUGUGCAUGUUGCUGCCCAGGAACAACGAGUUUACUGUCUGGAAAUGCGAGAGGAACGACAGGAUCGUUUAGGUUUUAUUGACAAACAGCUGGAGCUCCUGACUCAAGACUACAAGAGGAAAAUCAAACAGAUCACAGAAGAAGUGGAGAGGCAGGUGUCAAACGCCAUGGCAGAAGAAAUCAGACGGCUCUCAGUGUUGGUAGAUGAAUACCAGGCAGACUUCCAUCCAUCUCAAGUAGUUCUUAAAGUGUACAAGACCGAGCUGCAUAAGCACAUCGAGGAAGGCCUGGGCCGUAACAUGUCAGAGCGCUGCUCCAACGCAAUCACAGCUUCCCUGCAGACAAUGCAGCAAGAAAUGAUAGAUGGUUUAAAACCCCUCCUCCCAGUCUCCCUGCGGGGCCAGAUAGACAUGUUAAUUCCCCGACAGUGCUUCAUGCUCAGCUAUGAUCUGAACUGUGACAAGCUUUGUGCUGACUUCCAAGAGGACAUAGAAUUCCAUUUCUCUCUUGGAUGGACGAUGCUGGUGAACAGGUUUUUGGGACCAAAGAAUGGUCGUCGGGCCUUGAUGGGCUAUAAUGACCAGGUUCAACGCCCUUUAACACCAGCAAAUCCCAGUCUGCCUCCUUUGCCUCAGGGCUCUAUGACCCAGGAAGAGCUCAUGGUGUCCAUGGUGACUGGCCUGGCCUCAUUAACCUCCCGGACUUCCAUGGGGAUCAUCGUGGUUGGUGGUGUGGUCUGGAAGGCCGUGGGUUGGAGACUGAUUGCUCUCUCUUUUGGCCUUUAUGGGCUCCUUUAUGUCUAUGAGCGCCUCACCUGGACCACAAAAGCAAAGGAGAGAGCUUUCAAGAGGCAGUUUGUGGAGUAUGCUGGGGAGAAACUGCAGCUCAUUGUCAGCUACACAGGCUCCAAUUGCAGCCACCAAGUCCAACAGGAGCUUGCUGGAACGUUUGCUCAUUUGUGUCAGCAAGUGGAUGUCACACGGGAGAACCUUGAGCAGGAAAUUUCUGCCAUGAAUAAAAAAAUCGAAGUUCUGGAUUCACUGCAGAGCAAAGCAAAACUGCUCAGGAACAAAGCAGGUUGGCUGGACAGCGAACUCAACAUGUUCACACAUCAGUACCUGCAGCAAAGCAGAUAGUGUGGGAAGGAGAGAAAAAAAAGUUUCCCUUCAGUGCUCUCUUAAUUACUGCAGAGAACGUGGUGGGUGAUGGAAUUCCCUAAAGGGAAUGAGCAAGAGCCUAUUGCUAUGUUUCCAGUUGCUGUGUGAACAAUAGGAUUCUGCUUCCCUGUUCUGUGUCCCACCUCUAAACACUAGCUGUUAAUAACUCUUCUUUUUCCUUCCUGUGAGACCAGGCUACUUCAGGAGGAAUGUGUGCUUCAUACAUUUACAGGGGGCUUUUACUGCACUUCAUUUUGCUUUAAACAAAUUUAAAGCAAACAAGAAAAAUGUUUAUCAGGUUUAAAAGCUAUUCUGACACCUCUUUAUGGAGUCAUUUGUUUUACUACAUAAAGACAGAGCUUUUGAGUUCCAAGCCCAGGUGGGGGUGUGAGUGACAAGCAGCUGUUUGUCUAAACACAGGUCCCAUGCACACAGAUGUGGUGGUGGUUUCACAAUGCAUUUAUAGCCCACACAGGCCUGUCUCCUGGGUUAAUAUUCUGUUAUUCUAGAACCUGACACAGAAUCCCAAUGUCCCUUCAUAGAAAGGUUUAUUGCUGUCAGUAUGCUUAAACCUCUGAACAAAACCCAGUCCUCUUCCAGAGAAAGAGGGAUUAAGAUUUUGCUUUGGUAAGCUUAGUGGCUUUGGAGUUAGUUUCUUCCUCUUAAGAGCUCUUUAAUAACAGUCUGGCCCAUUUCCUGUCACAGACAAGUAGUUUGCAAAGACAGAACUAGUUCCUGUGAAGAAGGUAGUGCCGAUAAUUUGGCAGCUUGUUGAGGAAGAAAACUAGGAAGGAAAAGCCAGUUGACAGAAUGUAACGAACUGCCUUACGAGCUAAGUCAAUGAAUGUGGGUUUUCUUUGGAAAUGCACAGCUGUGUUUCUGGAAGCAGGCCUUUGGAAUUCCAUUACCACUCUCUGGCCACAAGAACAGCAUGUGGAUUACACGCUGUAAGAGAUUUUGCUUCGUGCAGAGUUCCCACAGGAUGUGGCGGUCCGGGCAGCGAUAGGAUUUGAUGAUGUUUCUCUUCUGUUAAAAGUAUGAGAACAAGCUGGCAGGUACAGCUCCUCGGGGGUGGGGGGAGUUGUGGCCCUCGUAGUUCAUGCCAGGGCAAGAAUGGGUUAAUGCAACUUUUUUUUUUUUUUUCCCCCAAGGCAUUCUUUAUUUGCAAAGAGAUGAAAUGAAUUUUUGAGUUUUGCCCUGAAGCAGUUAUGAAUUUGGAAUAUAAGAUUUGGGAACUGUAAGGAUUUGAGUCUCUUCCUGUUGAAAUUGAUAGAGAAGAAAUUCUCACUGAUUUUAGGAGUAGUAGGAUAUGUUUCCUCUGUUGUUUGGAAAGUUUCUUUUCCUCUUUGUGGGUCAGUAUUUUGCCAUGUGUUGGGUAUAACCUUUCUGUUGCCCACAAAAUGCCUGAGGAGUCCAGAAUCGGAUCCUGUAGUUCUAGGGUUAGUGACAACCUAAAUCUGUUCAGCAUCACACACAUAGAAUAUGGACUGCAUUUAGAACUACUGAGCAGUGGGGUGUUCUUAUUGACAAUGAGACUUUUCCCUUGAAAAUGGCCUUAGGAUUUCUCAUUCCUGCUCAGGUGUGCCUGUGACAAGUCCCCUGUUUCUUGUGUCAUGGAAGGUCCAGAAAGAAGCUGCCUGAUACUUGAGGGAGUAAAAAUAGUGAAAUGUCAGUAAGUACAUCUUAGGUAAGGCUGUUCUGAGAUUUGCAGUAAGACUUGAAGUACCUUGAUUGUGUUGGAGCUGGUGGUGAGACUCUUAUGUGUCCAGAAUGCAGAAAGAAAACAAACCUCUCCCUUCCAGUAGACAGCCUCGACUCCAGCUCAAACUGAAAAACUGUUUUUAUCAGAAGGCUUCAUUGGCCUUGGCUGGGUUCCUCAGGUAGCCACCAGGACAUAAAUAUAGCUUGGAUCAGAUCUGAAAACGAGCGAGAAAGAAAUCUGAGUCCUUGCCUCUGGAAGUCUGUGCUCUGGGCAUGUGGUGAAGUAUACUGGAGUAAGUGGAUCAUCCCUUACUCUGCUGGAGGUAUUAUUUGAAUUAAUUUGGAUCUCUGGUCUCUCAAGCUAUCACAUACACAGUUAUAAGCUAUGUACUCUUCUGUUGAGUUAAAACAUUAAGCACAUCCCUCACACACCAGGAAAUUGUCAGUGCCAGGUCGAGGCAGAGGGUGAUGUACUAUUGCUCAGCAGCUCAUGACUACUUGAAAUGCUGACCUUGCUUUUGAAGACCUGUCAGCAUCUCUUCAGCAGGCCUUUAGGGGAAAUCUGAUAAAUGAGCUUAUCUUUAAGCCAGUGUCUUAUCUGUAAAGGGAAAAGAGAUUGAUGGGUUCUUGGAACCUGGAGUCUUGGUGCUGUGUGUGCCUCUGAUGCUGCUCAGCUUUGGGUGUUGUGUUCUCACUGCACAGCUGACACAACCUGCAGAACGGGGGAAAGAACCACUUGGAGUUUUUCAGAAGCAAAACUGCUAACAGGGGAGAGAAGAAUUUUUAAUAUGUGUGUAACCCUUGUCCCUAGAAGCCUGAAUGAUAGAGAAUCAAACUUUUAACAGACAGGCCUAUGAGCUGGAUUCCUCUGAAACACAUGAACAGCUGCACUUCUUUAAUUCAGAGUGGUGGAGGAAUGAACACUAUCAGGAGGAGGCUGUUCUCUUCUGAUUUAAUAAGGAAGGCUAAACUAAUCUGUAAAACAGGUAAUUCCAAAAACAGUCUCCCCCAAAACUCCCAUUAAAGAAGGUCAGCUAAAUGCACUUUUAUCUUAUUGCUGCUACAUUUCCCGUUGCGUUACGUUGAUGGAGCUCUUCAAAAUACUCUUACCAGCGAGUUUAUUCUCUGCUGUAUUUAAGGUGAUAAAUUUGCAUGAAUUAGUCCUGUAACAGUGCUGUAAACAAUGGAAACCAAAAUAAAAAUGAAUUGGAAAAAACAGUU